AUGAAUCAAGUUAUUGUCGAAUGCAUUAAUGAAGCCUUUAUCAACUUCAAUGAUCAACUGGACAAUGAUACUGUAUCAUAUAUGAGUGGUCUCAUUCAAGAAUCUGAAUCAAUCGAUGAGCUCCGUGAGCAGAUUGAUAUUGUCAUCAAGGACUUUGCACUGGACUUUGAACAGGAUCGCAAGCCAAUCGAGAAGCUGAUCAGUCUGCUAAAGAAGAAGGCCGCCGUCGACUACUCGCUGGUGGAGGAGCGCCCCAAGUCGCACCUGGUCUGUGAGGUCGACCCCGAGGCAGAGCCGAGUCUCGACGACCCGAACCUCACCAUGGAUGGCUACCUACAAUUAACUAGGUCUAAGAACCCAAUUACCCGUCGCAUGGUGCUGCGCACGAUGUGCCCAUGCAAGGUCAAGGCCGACGUCGACCUGCUCUGGGCCCGCAUCAUGGAGAUGGCGCACGACGAGGAUCCAAAGGUGCGCUACCAGGUCAUGCACAACUUAUGCGAUGGAUCCCCGCUCUGGCGCGAGGAGUCCGUCAUCCAGACUCUGGAGGGAAUGCACAACGACCAAGAUCCAAAGAUCCGUCGUCGUAUCCACAACAUUCUCACUCACUACAAGCACACUGGCAAGUGGAACAUCAUG